UCUUAGCAGUGAUCGUAUUGUGUUCAUUUUUGUGUUUUUUUCUUUUAAUUUGUUUGAUUUAUAUAUUCUUUAUGUGUAAAUUCGUUUUAGUAAUCACUAUUUAAUUAGUGAAUACAUUAUUAUAUGUUAAAUUAUACCAUUAUUGUAAAGGCAAGCAAUUGAUUAUGAAUCGAGAUGAACAUCUUACUUGGUUUCAUGGAAAGGUUUCUCGUGAAUAUGCCGAGGAACUUAUAAGAAGUGAGGUCUCUGAGGAUGGAACAUUUUUAGUACGGGAAAGUAACACUGCUGCUGGUGAUUUUGUACUGACGUUAUUGUAUCAGGGCGAGGUGUGUCAUUAUCAAAUAAGACGUCAUGGCGAAGAUGCCUUCUUCUCGAUUGAAGAUAAAGUCAAAAUUCUUCACGGUUUAGAUAUGUUGGUUGAAUUUUAUCAACAAGCUGCGAAUGGUUUAGUUACAAAACUUACAAAACACAUACGAAAGGAUCUUCCUCCAAAUGACACACGAAGUCAUGGCAGUACGAACCUUUUGCAUCGUGCAGUAAUGAACAAUAAUCACGUAGUAGUAUCGGAACUUUUAAAGUGCGGUUAUCGGAACGUAGAUGCAAAAAAUCAGCAUGGUCAGACUGCAAUGCAUUUGGCCGCUUUACAUGGCGACCAAACAAUGUUAAAUUUGUUACUCAAUGCAGGAGUAAGUGUAAAUUGUAUGGAUACUGACAACUAUAUGCCAUUACAUUAUGCCUGUCGCCAUCAGCCAGCAUCAUUCAUACGAACACUAAUCGUAGCGAAUGCUAAUAUUCAAGGACGGAACAUAAAAAAUGGAUAUGUGCCAUUGCACGAAGCGGCAAAACAUGGCAAUUUGGAAGCAGUCGAGGAGUUGUUGGCCGUUAAAGCACCUCUGUUACCACGAACAUCUAUGGGUGAAUUUCCAAUUGAUUUGGCUAAAGAAGCCAAUCAUAGAGAAGUUGUUUCAUUUCUAGAGGCUUAUAAAUUGGGACCAGCGAAUACGAUCAGAUCACAGUGGUACCACGGUACUUUGACAAGAGAUGAGGCGGUAAAUGUUUUAAAGUGUUUUUCAACAAAAAUGCAAAAAGAAAGGUUAGAUUCCUCCACAGGAUCUGCUGAGGUUGAUGAAUCUAAGGCAGAUCAAAAUUUCGACACAUCUGGUUGUUUUUUAGUACGAUUUUCGGAAAGAAAAAGUGCCGGUUCAGGCUACGUUCUUACAUUGCUCUUCGAUAAUGUUGCUAAAAAUUUUAUUAUAUCACAAUCGUCGAAAUAUUUGUUUAUUGAUGAUGGUCCGUUUUUACCAUCGUUGGAACACUUGGUGGAGCAUUUUAUGCGAUUUGCUGAUGGUUUGCCAGUAAAUCUCAAAUAUCCUGUUGUACCAAAACCAAAACCACCCUUGCCAUUAUUUUCUACAAUGCCGAGAUCAAGUCAUAAGAAAUCAUCUGAUGCCAUACUUGUGCCACAAAAUAUACAAAGUUCAACUGAUGAAGGUUCACAGAAUAUUCUUCAAAAUUUGCCACAAAAACACACGCAAACGCUAGCAACAAUUCAUCAUCACAACAAUAUAAAAAAGAAAUCAAAAGAACACACGAACUCAGUAUUUAGCACUUUACGGCUACGAAGUCCUAAGAAAUCAAGCCUAUUGGAGAGUAUGAGUACAUUGCGUAAAAAUAAACAGAAGCAAAAGUUUCAUUCAGUCGAAGAUAAAAAUAGUAUUGGCUUAAACGACGAAGAACAAUUGAAACAAGCCGAGACUUUAUUAAAGGGUCUAUCAUUUUCAACAGAAUUUUCAGGUCUGAACACAAGCGCAGAGAGAAGUGAUGAAUUUUACAACGUCCCAAAAAACAAUUCAGCUAUUGAUAAAAAUGCUAUACUGAAAGAAAUUCAAGAUGCCAGUUCUAAAAUCUCAUCAACUUGCUCAAAUCUAGAAAUUGAAAAAAAGACUGAUGAAGAAGUUGAAUAUUUCACUAAAAGUGAUUUAGUUAUUGAACGUGAACGCAGCAAUAAAAUUUGCCAAAGUUCACUUCUUGUACCAAAUGCCAACGGAUACAUACCAACGGUUGACAUUAGAGUAUUCAUGGAACAUAAUGAUGGUGAUGUAGAAUACAUUUCGAAAGAUAUUUUGGAAGCUUCUGCAGCUGAAUUGCGAGAAUUUUCCAAACAUCCGGAACGUCUUGAUUCUCUAAUAUCUACAACAUCAACUGAAAGUGCUAUCGGUCGCUAUUUAAACCGACAAACCAGUAACUUAUCCACAACAACACAAGUUGCAGAGUCUGCUUGUGCCCUCGCAGGUGUUGAUGUCGCAAAACCAAAUUAUCUUAUAUCGCGAGAUUGUUUAAUACUUGAUUCUAUUGUGGGGGAGGGUGAAUUUGGCUCUGUUUAUAAGGGAUUUUUACUACAAAGAGAUAUUGAAUCUGGUGCGGAAGUUAAACGUCGUGACGUUGCCAUUAAAACUCUACGUGAUGAACAUUGUCGCAGCAAUAAGCAAGAAUUUUUACGCGAGGCCUCCGUAAUGAUACGCCUUAAACAUCAUUGUAUUGUUCAGUUAAUCGGCAUAUCAAAAUCCGAAACAUUAAUGAUGGUUCAGGAAUUAGUUCCACUUGGUUCUAUGUUGCACUUUAUAUUGGAUCACAGGGACAAAAUAAAUCCAAAUUAUGAAUUAAAAUUAUGGGCAUCUCAAAUUGCUUGUGGUAUGCAAUAUUUAGAACAACAUCAUUUUGUUCAUCGUGAUUUGGCAGCUCGAAAUAUUCUACUUGCUUCUCGUAAUCAGGCUAAAAUAAGUGAUUUUGGCUUAUCACGCGCAUUAGGCAAUGACAAUGAGUGUUAUCAAGCCAGUCAAGGUGGUAAAUGGCCUAUCAAAUGGUACGCUCCAGAAAGUUAUAACAAUGGUAUUUUCUCUCAUGCGAGUGAUGUUUGGUCGUUUGGUGUCACACUUUGGGAAAUGUUUUCAUUGGGAGAACCACCUUAUGGAGAUAUACUCGGUAGAGAAGCAAUUCAACUAAUUGAACGUGGCCAACGUUUGCCAACACCACUUCUCUGUCCAGAUAACAUUUAUGAAAUUAUGCUAAACUGUUGGAAUUAUAAACCGAAGGAUCGUCCAACAUUUCGCUAUUUGACCGAUUUCUUCGCCCGAGAUCCCGACUAUCAAAAUAUUUUAGAGUUAAUAAAAACAGAAAAUAUAUCUUAGUAUCAGCUAUAUUACUGAGCUACAUUUUAAAGUGCAAUUUUAUUUGAAUUCACACAAAUUUAAUGAUUUAAUGUUGACAUUUGCAUUGAUUUGUGAAUGAAUAAGUAUUGUAAGUGAUUAUUUGUUAUGUCUAUCUCAUUGUGUCAAAUAGGAAACUAUUUCCUAAUAGAUAAACUCAAUUAAUGUUUUAUCAAUAAGUAUUAUAGAUAACAAUUCCAUUCUUAAUUAUAUUUUUAUAAUAAAAAUUGUUAAAUUGAA